AUGGACUCUGAAGACGCAAUUCGAGACGACACGUCUUCCAGUCUGAUCUCGGCCAUCUCUCUGGGAGUGCUUAUUCUCCCUCUCCUAGCCUUGUGGACUUCGAGUUUGUCCCUUGCUCGUCGUGAGGAUAACCCAGCACCGUUGGCCUUCACAUACAUGAAGAUCGUCUAUCCGGUUGCCUUUCUAGCUCUGACGUUCCAGUUCGCACAUAUCAUGCUCGAAAUUGCCAUGCGAUGGUUACUCAUGCCCCGUGGUCCGUAUGAGAUUCCUCAAGCAGAACCACACCGCAUGGCUUACAUGAGCAACCGCCUCGACGCCCUAUCCUCGACACUCCUCGAUGUUACGGAUAUAUUUCUCAUACUGGCACUUUUCGAGCUUGGAGGCGGCCUUCUAGAGCAUGUGACUGGGAAAGGUUCCAGCCUCCCCCUUGUUGUCCGGUGCGCACUUCUUCUUCCCGCCGCAAUUGUUCUCUACCUCGCCAUUGCCACUCAUGUCCAAAGCUACUCGAUCUGGUCAAAGUCUUUCUCGAGAGACGAAGACGGCGAGGUUCAACUUCAGGCAGAUAUCGAAAGCCUGGAGGAGUGGGACACGCCUCUCCUGACGUUGUGGUGGGCCGCAUCGUUUCUGUUGUUCUUGUAUGCAUGUUUUAUUUGGCACAAGGCGAAAGGAAAUGCUCGAGUUCUCGACUCCACUGUGACCUUCCUCGCAGCAACGGUUCUGAACCUGUUCAAUCCUGUGAGGCAAGCAGUGAUUACCACACUGGAUCCAGAGAUCCUGGAAUGCAAACUCGUCAAGCAUUAUCUCUACCUAGUCGACGAUAUGCUUGAUUACUGGGUACGCUUUCUCAUUAUCGCUCACAUCUUCGCCAUGGGCUUGCCAGGAAACAAAGGUCUGUGGGCUGCGAUGUCACAGUUGUACAGCGCUCCACUAGACAUUGCAAGGGCGACAAAGUAA